CAAAACAACAUCAGCUGUUUUGGCGCAACUUUUUGCCAAUUCCGGUGCGAAUGUUAUAAUCGAUGUAAAAUAAUGCAUUACUCAAUAAUCCGAAAACUGGUAACGGCGCCAAAGCUAGCCAACGUUCCCAAAAGGAAAUGGAAAAGCGUUGUGGGUUUGGAGGUGCACGCACAGAUUGCCAGUGCGUCCAAACUGUUUUCCGGCAGUGGCACAUCCUUUGGAGCACCACUUAACUCUUCGGUGGCGUAUUUUGAUGCCUCCAUACCGGGAACAUUGCCAGUUCUCAACAGAAAAUGUGUGGAAUCCGGCAUUAAGACAUCACUUGCUUUGGGAUGUCGGGUGAACGAAGUGUCCAUGUUUGACCGCAAGCACUACUUCUAUGCAGAUUUGCCUAAUGGCUACCAAAUCACGCAGCAGCGCGCCGCUUUGGCCAAUGAUGGAAAAAUGACUUUCCCCGUGAUAACACCAGGCAAAAAAGUUUACUACAAGACCGCCAAACUACUGCAGUUGCAAUUGGAACAGGAUAGUGGUAAAUCUCUGCACGAUGAUUAUCUCAAAAGGAGCCUGGUUGACCUUAAUCGUGCUGGACUUCCUCUAAUGGAGCUGGUUUUUGCACCAGAUUUAGAAACGGGCGAAGAAGCGGCAUCGCUGGUCAAGGAAUUAAUACUGAUACUAAGGCGUCUGCAGACAUGCAGUUGUAAAAUGGAAGAGGGCGCCCUGCGUGUGGAUGCCAACAUAUCCAUUCACCAAGAAGGCGAUCCCUUGGGAGUCCGCACCGAAGUAAAAAACAUUGGCUCGGUUCGAAGCAUUUCGCAAGCAAUUACGUAUGAAAUUAAUAGACAGCUAGAAACUGUGGCUAAUGGCGGUGUAAUUACAAAUGAGACUCGCAACUGGGAUGCGGAGAACCGGCGCACAGUGGCCAUGCGUGACAAAGAGGUGCUGCAGGACUACAGAUUCAUGCCGGAGCCGAAUCUACCACCCCUUCAUGUAAACCUAAAGCCUGGAUCAAUGUCAACAGAGGAUUUACUUUCAGUGGCUGCUCUAAGCGAGGAAAUUCCAGAAUUACCAGAGGACACCAGGCAACGUUUGGUGGAGCAGCACAACCUGAAUGCGGAAACUGCCAUCAUUUUAGUGAACGAACCUAUUCUGCUGGAUCAUUUCUUGAGCAUUACCCGUAGUUUAAGUGAUUUGCCCAACAAAGUCAUUUGCAAUUUUCUUAUAAACGAUUUGUUGACCUAUUGCAACAAAUUGAACUUAGAUGUGGAGGAUUGCUCCAUUAAGGCUGAUGAUUUGAAAGAUAUAUUAAUGAGCUUGCAUGCCGAGCUGAUAAAUCUCCAGGCAGCACGUCAGCUGGUUGAUCUGCUUCAUAAUAACCCCAAAGCGAAAGUCAGUGAGCUAAUCGAACUGCACAGCCUGCAGCAAAUCUGCAGUCCGGACGAGAUCGAGAACCUGUGCCAGCUGGCUAUCGCCAACCAGGCCAAGGCAGUCGAACAGUACCAGAAAGGCAAGGCAAAAGCUUUGUUCGCGAUCGCAGGCGAAGUUGCCAAACUGUCGUCCCAAAAGGCCAACAUGAAGCUGGUAGUGCAGCGUCUGGAAAAGCUGCUAAAACCCACCAAUAAGUAAGAGAUCUGGUCGAUAGUUGUGUUCAUUAGGAGUGUGUUUCGCUUGUAUAUAUUUUAUAAAAAUGCAGUCGACAAACCGCACUGUAUAUAGGAUUAAAUAUGCUAAGUAUUAAAUAUAGUUGCUUUGUUUCGUGCUGACUAGUUCGGUGUUCUGGCCAAUGUGU